AUGUCGGCGCUCUUGACGACUAGUGUUGUCUCUGUGGGCGUAUACUUGUGCACCCGACACGAAGAGCGCCACUCCAAUACGAGGUUUCGCUUUGUGACUCUGCCAGAUUUUGCCCUCCGCGGAUCUCAGUUUCGUGCGCAGUGGGGAAGUCACAUUGUGCACUGGUUGCCGCUGGUUCAGGAAGAGCAACGAGACGCAUGGGAGGAAUACUCGAAGCAGAAUCGGGCUCAUAUUGACGACGAGUUUGCCACGGACGCGCAGUUUCGAACCAAGCAAGAUGCAGAGCUUCUGGGACAUGAUGCAGAUGCCACAAGAAAGCUCCAAGAUCCAAGACAGCGCACAGGUCAUGGACGAAAUUUACGAGAGAUUCCUGCUGUGGGAUGGAGAAGAAGAGAAUCGAAUCUGCCCACUCCGCCUCCAGGGAACAUGAAGGGGACGGCACUGGAUAUCAUUCCAAGAUGUGGACGCUGGUUGAAGUUGCAGAUGAAAGUCAUCCAGCAGUGGGCAAAGUUAGGGGGGCAAGAGAUGGAACUUGGGACAUGCCUUGGCGGUGGUCGCCGGGGGCAGGAGAUGCAAAACUUAGUCUCGCGGGCAUGCAGUGCUUACCACCUGUUCAACGGUACCCUGAACCAAGAGCAAUCCCUCUCCUUCAUUCUCCUCUGA